AUGGAUACCAAACUUCAUCCAGCCCUAACAGUUUCCAACAUCAAGACCCACAUCCCGAUCAUUCUAGACAAAGAUUCGACUCAUUACACUACAUGGAAAACCUUAUUCAAGGUCCACUGCCAAGCCUAUGAGGUCCUUCAUCACCUCGCACCCAAGACUGAAGCCGUUGCCGCCUCCUCCUCUGAUGCAGCGGUCACCAAGGCUGAAGCCGCUGCCGCCGAUGCUUUGUGGUCUCGACUGGAUGCCAUUGUGCUCCAGUGGAUCUAUGCGACUAUCUCUCCUACACUCCUUCAUAUCAUUCUCAAACCCGGACAAACUGCAAACGAAGCUUGGACCUCUGUUAAAACCGAAUUCAGUGACAACAAGAACACCCGUGCUGUGUUUCUCAGCCAAGAAUUUUCUAAUCUCAGUCUGGAUAACUUCUCCUCCAUGGCCGACUAUUGCCAGCAUGCCAAGCACUUGGCCGAUCAACUUGAGAGCGUUGGUUCUCCGGUUGACGAUCGAAUGCUCGUUAUCAAAAUCCUAACCGGUCUUACCAAACAAUAUGACGACAUCUCUACUGUUCUUCAGAACCGCGAGCCGCUGCCCGACUUCAAUGAAACUCGCUCGCGUCUCACACUUGAAGAAAGCAAGAAAAAAAGACAGGUUGCCCGUGCUUCUUCUUCUGCCGCUACCGCGCUCACCGCCACUGCCUCCACCCAGCAACAAACCAACCAGUUCACACCCUACUAUGACCGUGGGGGCCGUGGUCGCACCCGUGGGGGUCGUGGCCGCGGUCGUGGUAGAUCGUCGUCUGGCCGCAACCGGCCCUAA